UCUGGGACACGGAACAGGACGACCAGGAGGAGAUCUCAUAUGAGCGGCAGAGCCUUUUGAGCAGACCGCCGACCAAUGACCAAGACAACGAUGCAUUGGCUGGCCCACUUCCAGAUCAUCUUGCUAUGCAUCUGGUUGAUGUGCCCCAGCUCCAGGGCCAUAAAGUGCGAUACUUGUGGCAAGGAGUGCGCCAGUGCCUGUGGCACCAAGCAUUUUCGGACCUGCUGUUUCAACUACCUUCGCAAGCGUUCCGAUCCCGAUGCACUGCGUCAGAGCUCCGACCGCAGGCUCAUUGACUUCAUCCUGCUGCAAGGACGCGCCCUCUUCACCCAGGAAUUGCGCGAGAGACGCCACAAUGGCACCCUGAUGGACCUUGGCUUGAAUAAUUACUACCGCUAAAUUACUACCCAAGAUGGAACGAUUUUUUACCGAUAACUGACUCUGAUUACGACUAACGACUACCGAUUAAUUAUGAUCCAAUGGCAAUGGUGGCAUUCGAAAUGCUUGAAAUGUUAAUUUACCAAUAAAGGCACAAACUUCUUUGGGGCACUGUGCUUGAUGAAGCAG